UUCUCAAACAAAUCUAUAACUUGGGCUGGGAGGAAAAGCCAGUUGCAUGAGCCAGGCAGGCUUCAGCAGCUUGUCUUUCCACACCCAAACCGCAGCAGCCAGAAAAGCAGCAGCCCAAGAAAGGAGAGGAAGUGUCUGCUCUCCCUGUGACCAACAGGAGCCAGGAAGUCGCCAUUUAAUCAACGACAGGAUUUAGCGAUGUGGCUCUACUUGGCUGCCCUGUUGGGGCUUUACUUCCUUCGUCAAUGGUACCGGGAGAGACAGACUGUGGAGAAACUGACAGAGAAGUAUGUCUUCAUUACUGGCUGUGACUCUGGCUUCGGAAACCAGCUCGCCAGGCAGCUGGACACCCGGGGGAUGCAGGUGUUGGCUGCCUGUCUUACCCAGAAAGGGGCAGAGGAGCUUGAGAAGGCCACCUCAGGGAGACUGAAAACCACCAUUUUAGAUGUCACCUCCACGGAGAGUGUUGCUGCAGCAACAAAGUGGGUGAAAGGAUGUGUUGGGGACAAAGGUCUCUGGGGCUUGGUCAACAAUGCUGGUGUAGCUAUUCCUACAGCCCCCAACGAAUGGCUAACCAAGGAAGAUUUUGCCAAAGUGAUAAACAUCAACCUGCUUGGGAUGAUUGAUGUGACAUUGCACAUGCUGCCACUCCUGAGAAAGGCCAAGGGGAGGGUGAUCAACAUGGGAAGUGUGAUGGGAAGAAUAUCAACCAGCGGAGGAGCUUACUCCAUAUCUAAAUAUGGCGUGGAAGCCUUCUCAGACAGUCUGAGGCGUGAACUUCUUCCCUUUGGAGUUCAAGUCAGCAUUAUUGAACCUGGUGGUUUUGCUACAGCUGCUACCAGAAAUAUAGUGGAGAACUACAAAACCGUAUGGAGCCGAGUACCUUCUGACAUCAGAGAAAGCUAUGGGCAGCCCUACUUUGAGCAGUAUUGCAAAUUAUGCCAAGAUUUCCUGGAUAGAAGCAACUCCAACCUCCAUCUGGUCACUAACUGUAUAGAGUGUGCCCUGACAUCCUGCCAUCCUCGCACUCGCUACUCUGUAGGCUGGGAUGCAAAGCUUUUCUACAUUCCUGCCUCUUACUUGCCAGCUGCAGUGAGUGACUAUGUGCUGCUCCGCCAUUGGCCGAAGCCAGCACAGGCAGUAUAGCUUAUCUUAUAAAACUACACUGGGUUGUGGUUUCAUUAAGGGUAGACAAAUGGACAAUUUAACUAGACGAGUUUUAAAUAUUAUACAUGAAAUAGAAAAAGAAAAAAUAAAAGCAAUGAUUUUAUCACUGGAUAUAUUUAAAGCCU